UCUAAGAUGCUUCUCCAGAAAAAAGGACCAUUACUCCAGUCUCCACUCAGACUCCUGAGUGUUUUGGUUUUCCAUCUUUUCCUAACAGAUUUCUGUAGAGGUCAGUCUCAGUUAUUUGGUUCAUCUCAGCCAAUAGUGGCAAACGUUGGUGAUGACAUCAUUUUGCCAUGUUACCUGGAGCCUGGGGUGGAUGUUUCUACCAUGACGCUGGAGUGGACGAGAUCUGACCUGAAUCCUAUAUUAAUCCAUGUUCGGCGUUCUGGUCAGGACCUUGCUAGUGCUCAAAACCCAUCGUACAGUGGAAGAACUUCACUGUCUAUUGAUGAAAUGAAGAAGGGAAACAUUUCAAUGAAAAUCUCCAAAGUGAAACCUUCUGAUACGGGGAGAUACAAAUGCUACAUUCCAAAACUGGAUAAAGAGUCUUUCGCUGAGCUUGUUGUUGGUGCUGUUUCCUCGCCUGUCAUUAAUUUAGCAGGGAUUGAUGGAGACAAAGAGGGAGUGGUUCUCCAGUGUGAGUCUUCUGGCUGGUAUCCAGAGCCUGAGGUGUUGUGGCUGGACGGUGAGGGAAAGCUCCUCUCUGCUGGACCUACAGAGACAGUCAGAGGUCCUGAUGACCUCUAUACUGUCAGCAGCAGAGUGACUGUGGAGAAGAGACACAGCAACAGCUUCACCUGUAGAGUCCACCAGAAGGACACCAACCACACCACAGAGACACACAUCACUGUUGCAGAUGAUUUCUUUGAGGUCCGGUCCAGCUCUACUUCCACCAUUACUGGUCUGGCUGUGGGUCAACUUAAAGCUGAUAAAAAGGAGCUGGAAGACCAGAAAAAGGAGCUGGAAGACCAGAAAACGGAGCUGGAAGACAAGAUAAUAAAGCUGGAAAAAAAAGAAAACGAGCUGAAGAAUCAACUGGAGAGCAAGGAUACAGAGAUCAUCCAGCUGGAGAAAGAUAAAGAGAGGAGUGAGAAGGAGCUGAAGGAGGAGAAAGAGAGGAGUAAGAAGGAGCUGAACGAGGAGAAAGAGAGGAGUGAGAAGGAGCUGAACGAGGAGAAAGAGAGGAGUAAGACGGCGCUGAACGAGGAGAAAAAGAGGAGUGAGACGGCGCUGAACGAGGAGAAAAAGAGGAGUGAGACGGAGCUGAAGAAGCUGAAAAAGGAGCUGGAGGGAAAGCUGGAAGAAAACCGACAGUCAGCUGGGAGCGAGAGGCUGAGAACCAAUGAAGAGCUGAAACAGACUCAAGAUCAGCUGAAGAAGACGACUGCAGAGCGGGACCAGACUAGAUCACAGGUGGAUCAACUAUCAGCUGAUAUCAGGAAGCUCCAACAGGAGAAACAGAGGAGAGAGGAGGAGCUGAAAGAGGAGAAGAAAAGAGAGGUGGGUCAAUUAGCAGCUGGUAUCAAGAAGCUCCAACAGGAGAAACAGAGUGAGGAGGAGCUGAAGCAGAAAGUGGAAAAGGAGCUGCAGGACAAGAAAAAAGAGGUGGAUCGACUAUCAGCUGAUAUCAGGAAGCUCCAACAGGAGAAACAGAGGAGAGAGGAGGAGCUGAAAGAGGAGAAGAAAAGAGAGGUGGGUCAAUUAGCAGCUGGUAUCAAGAAGCUCCAACAGGAGAAACAGAGUGAGGAGGAGCUGAAGCAGAAAGUGGAAAAGGAGCUGCAGGACAAGAAAAAAGAGGUGGAUCAACUAUCAGCUGAUAUCAGGAAGCUCCAACAGGAGAAACAGAGGAGAGAGGAGGAGCUGAAAGAGGAGAAGAAAAGAGAGGUGGGUCAAUUAGCAGCUGGUAUCAAGAAGCUCCAACAGGAGAAACAGAGUGAGGAGGAGCUGAAGCAGAAAGUGGAAAAGGAGCUGCAGGACAAGAAAAAAGAGUCCGAACAAAGCAGGAUGAAGAAGAUGAAUGAAGCUCAACAGCCUCAGAGUCUUCAGCCAGUGAAGCAGAACAGCAGCUCAACUGAAGGAUUUGUUAUUAAACUCGACCAACAGAAAACCAACUGGGAGGCUGGAUAUUACAAGUCUGGGAAGCUGGAGACGAACUUCAGGUCUCCCUCAUGA